AUGCGACUAAGGAAUUCUCCCAAAAUAAUGGAAUUAGAAAAACAAGGUAUUUGUGACUGCAGUGAUGCUGAUGCUAUGACAGAUACAUCUACUAUAGUAUCUGAUGGUAAACCCUCUAACAAAGAACAGAUCGAGAUUGAAACCACAGAGUGCUCUACUCAAAAAGUAUCUGAUGGUAAAUCCUUUGACGAAGAACAGAUCGAAAUUGAAACCACGGAAUGCUCUUCUGCUCAAGAAUCAGUGACACUAAAAGAUCCGAUCGACGUACCAGACUGGUUAAAUAGUGUAGUUGAACCGACAAGAUCAACUUCAAGUCAAAGUGAUAAGGGACGUGAUAUAAUUAGACCGCCAAUUCCUCCCAACGAGGAUAGUUCCGAACAACCACCUCAAGAAAUAGCAGAUAGAUUACGUCAAAGAUUUAAACGACGUAAAUGGAUGGAUUCAGAGCUUAAAGCUUUAGAAAAAGGUAUGAAAAAAUAUACCGAAGAGAGAUUAAUAUGGGUUCAUAUUCUUAAUGAUGAGACAUAUGGACCCACAUUAAAGGAUAGAUCACCAACAGACUUAAAGGAUAAAGCUCGUAAUGAGAAGAAAAAACGAACCAGAGAAGGAAGAUCUAUUGGCAUUUUUCAGAUUGCGUCAGGCUAA